CUUUUGCUGUCAGUCCUCUGGCAUCCUGCUAUACAUCUAGAGAGCGCACUCGCCAUCUUUCUCUGCUUACAAAACAUCCAUGUCUUAUGCUACAGGCGCAGAGUUACCCUCGGAGCUCCUUCAUCGCAUCGUUGUGCUUUGUCGCGCGGCAAUACUUUCGCAUGACGGUGAGACAGAAACAUUCGGGAAGAAAGGACUCGCUGCAUGCAGCUUGACAUGUCGCUAUUGGGCUAUCAUCAUUAGGCCGAAAUUAUUCGAGACCCUCGUGCUGCGAAGCUACCAGGACGCAGCACAGCUAGCUUCAUUUUUGACCACGCCCACCACGCUCGAGCCUUCUAUUCAAGAAUACAUCCGGUCCAUUGAAAUCUCUCUCUGUGAGCCUGCGAGGUUCUCCGAGACCUCUUGGGUCCACCUCGUCGACCUUUGUCGUAGGAUCCCGUCCCUAGCGCACAACAGCUCAAUCACAUGGGACCGUGGUCUUAACUUAACUAUGAAAGGCGUGCAGGAGGGCGGUAGCAACUUGAAGCAGUCCAUGCGGAGCGAUACCCUCCUCCCUGCGACUGUUCUACCCAGAACAGUGCCUGUGUCCUCCCUGCGACUCAAAAAACUCGUGCUCUCCGACCUCACACUGCGCUCUGUCCGGGACCUCAUACGUUUCAUCACGAGUUUACACACGUGGGAAAAGGCGAGCCUUGACAUCGAGCGGAUUACCUUUUUGCAAGGGCUCCGUGAGGCCGACCGCACCCAGCCACGACGGAGACAUGGCGGGUCCAACGUCUUCAUGAGACACUGCUUCGACAAAUCCCACUUUGCCGACGCACUGAGGCUGGCCAUCAUACUCGCUGGUGCUCACAGUAUCGUGGAGGGCGCCCGAGGGUUCUGGCUGGCGGAACAGUUCAUGCUCGCAUUCCCGUGGCAAGACGAGCCCGAGAUACCUGCUAUCAACAUAUGGCGGGCCAAGGUGCAGGGAGGUGCGUAGCCUCUGCCGUAU